GAAUGCAGAAAGAUUAACUGUGUAAACAGCCUGAUUCUAAAACAAAGGUUUGGCUCCAUAAAAAUCACUAUGUUAUAAAGUUAAAAAUAAAAAGCACUUGAGUCUUACUGGCUAUUGGCUUUGGUAUACUUACUACUUUUGUUGCAUUCUUUGUGAAACAAGCCUAUCUUGUCGUUAUUUUUGCCCCAUUCUGUGUGCAUUCGCUCCCGUGAGACGAAUAAUAGUGCAACGUACACUUUCUGGCAUAUCGAUUUUAAAAGUCAUGGCGUUAAAUGGAAUUUUCAACGUCACACACAAUUUGUUUUUUUGUUUCGUACUUGUUUUGGUAGUAAAUGAAGUAACAAUACCCUGUUACUCCGUAAAGUGCCGCCAAAAUCCGUGUUCAUUACCAUCUGUUCUUCCUUCUGCCUUGGGACUUUGGAAGUUUACACAACAAGAAUCAACUAGCAAUGAUCUCAAUCCGAUGAUGAAUAACCAUCUUAGGGAUGUUUAUUCUUCACCGCAGGAUUAUGAACAUAUGCUACCUGAGUCGUUAAUCAAGCGCAAGAAUAUUCCCAAUUACAUGCUGGAUAUCUAUGCUCAAAGGACUCACAAAUUGGCCACCGGAAUUUCUUACGACAAUGUCAGAAAUUACAGAGCUUUUUCAGAAAUGGAAAGUAAUUAUUUUGAAAGCAUUUACCAGCGCAACAAUUUUUCGAUUGUUCACCAUUUGCUAUUCAACGUUACUGCUUUGCCAAUAGAAGAACAGCUUCAAGAAGCAGAGCUAAAGCUUUGGGCUAUUGUAAAUUUUUCACCCGAAAAUCUAUUAGGAGUCAAUAGACGGCUAUUCCGGAUUUACUUGAUGAAUGGCUAUAAUUACAAUCCGUGGGACUUAGAGAUCCUGGAUUUUAAGUUCGUAAUUGAGUCUAAAGAAAUAUGGCUUACCUUUAAUGUGAGCCAUGCUGUACAAUGGUGGAUGGAGAAUAAAAUCCAAAUUCAAAUGAUACAAGUCCGCAUCGACCCCCUGCAUCCAUCAGAGGUAAAAUUCGGUUCCAUUGACAUAAGUCUUAGAUCCAUCGUUGGGGAAGAAACUGAGCCUCAAUUAGUCGUCUAUUCGGCAACAAAGAAACUUUCGGACCCAGAGCACAUGAUUGCGAAAAGAGAUGCGGACGUUUUUCUUGAUAGGCGUCCUACAAACAGGGCUCAAAGGAAAACAAAAUCAAGUCCAAAUUGUCGGCGUCGGCCUCUGUACGUCAAUUUUACUCAAAUAAACUAUGACCAGUGGAUUAUAGCACCCGAAGGAUUCGAGGCAUACGAAUGUGCCGGACGCUGCGAUUUCCCGCUCAGUGAUCAUCUCACUCCUUCGAAACACUCCAUUCUACAAUCAAUAAUGCAUGCUAUUCAACCCGAUAAAAUAGGAAAGGUAUGCUGUGUCCCAACCCGAUUAGCACCGAUCAGCUUAUUAUACUAUGACGAACGAGGCAUUCUCACCUAUAAAUACCGCUAUGACGAAAUGGUUGUGGCAGAAUGUGGGUGUCGAUAA